AUGGAGAUGAUGGUCGACCACAAUCCUCCCUCGGAAAAAAUACCUCUGAAGUCUCGAUCACUAUCUAACGCUACAGCAACGACCAAGAGCCGCAAACGACCUCAAUCCCGAGCCUCCACAACCAGUGUGCACAGCGUGUCAACGCAGCCAGUGAUCGACCAGCAGCAAAUCAUUGAUCCGGCUGCGGAUUAUCAAAAACAGUGGUAUGAUCACAACAAUGCGCAUCAGAGAUUUGGAAGCAUGGGUCACCAGAUGACCCCCGAGGAUAUGGUCAUUCACUCGGCAUCCCAACUCCAGAAUCCAAGAGAAUAUGAAAUCGAUCCUGCUCUGGGCCCCAUGCCGAACCAUGCCGUAUCAUACUCACAUGGCAGCCAGUACAAGCCUGAGAACGGUCGCCUAUCUAUGCCAGCGGAUGGUUACCCUGCAACUUAUGGAGAAGGAGACAGUCAAUUAAUGGAAGGACGCAGUGAUGAGCAAGACGAAGUGGACUCGCUGGCUGGCGGAGGACCGGCGAAGAAACCUUCCAAGUCCAGCGCAGCUAAUGAGUUGGAGAUGAGACAGCUCUUCCAUUCAAAUAAGCAUCGUAGCUUACCAGAUGUGGCUGCCGAACUCCACGGAAAUGAAAGAGGGCCACAGUCUGAAAGACAACGGCAGGUAUUCGCUAUGCUUUGGAUAAAUCAAGUCUGUGAGAAAGGGAAGGGCUCGGUACCAAGAGGCCGGGUAUAUGCAAACUAUGUUUCGAGAUGCGCUACGGAGCGAGUGACGGUCCUGAAUCCCGCUUCGUUUGGCAAACUCGUGCGCGUGCUCUUCCCGGGACUCAAGACGCGACGGCUGGGUGUACGCGGCGAAUCCAAAUACCACUACGUGAACUUCAGCCUCAAGGAGGAUCAGCCAGAACUUGCCGAGUCGCAAAGUAAUCAACGAGCUCAGAGCUUUAAUGAUACAUCCAAUUUUUCACAAAAUCUUAGUAGGCAAAACCAACUGCAAUACCCGGUAGAGAGAUCUACCUUUCCGUCGCCUGAUAUUGCCCAGCUGCCCGAACAAAUGGCUCCGCGAUCUGAGGGUUUCGUCAGGCCGCAUAGUCUGUAUAGUAAGCCAGAUAUCCACGGGAUUUCGCAGCUUGAAUCCACGGCCGGCAAAGUGUCCCAGCGUCUUCGAUUUGCACCCCCGAGUGAAAUUUCCCUACAGGAAUAUGAGCCCAUCACACUUCCCAAGAUCGAACCUUACGUCCCUAUGGGCACCGAUCCAGAUUCAGCGAGCGCGCUGACCGCCCUUUAUCGCUCACAUUGCACUUCUCUUAUUGAGUGUAUACGCUUCUGCAAAGAGAAGACCUUCUUCCACCUCUUUACCUCCUUCCAUGGCACUCUCACGAUGCCAGUCCAGAAGUUGUUCGCGAAUCCGAGCAUUGCCCCGUGGAUCGAGGAGUGCGAUUUCGUCAUGUAUCAAAAGAUGAUGCGCGUGGUGGCUCCAUUAACGCUUCAGGUCGCCCCCAAGCCCGUAUUAGAUACACUGCGAAAUAUUUCCGAGAGACUUGUUCCUCACAUUCAAAAUUCAUUUCAAGGCCAACCAAACCACGUUAUCGAAGCGAAGGUGGCCCCGGCAACACUAUUUGCUGGUUUGCUUGAUCGUGAGCUGAGGGUCAACCUAACUGCUCAUGCUGCAGCCAACAUGCUGUCAAACCCUGCCAAUCGUGACCAGAUGUAUGAGGAUUGGAUUACAAUGGUGAGAACACGAAAGAUUGCCGAAUGCGUACCAGCAAGAGGCAUGGAUGACGUGGUCAAUCUCCUCUUGACUGAGCUACGCGAUCUCCUCGAUCCGAUUGGGGUCUCCUGGGAGUUCGAAAGUCUCACGCCCUAUGGUGAAAUGGCAUUACGCACGGGACGACAGCAACAAGCCAAUAUCCACGCUGAUUCCUCUACUGAGAACGUUUUGGAUCGCUGGGUCAACUUUCUCGGCUCCCUUCCAGGCAAAUUUCCAUAUGCCACACAUGCCGAGAUCGUCUGGUGCGUCCAAAGCGUUGGUACUGCUGUCAUGAGAGAUCUCACAAUAGCUCAGGGCAAGAGCUUUGGAGCUUGGUGGGUAACGAAGUGUUGGAUAGAUGAGAUGAUUUCUUUCCUGGCCGAGCAAGGUGGCUUCAUGGAAUGCAAGACAUCCCGAGCUACACGAGGAGAUUCCACAAAACAAUCAAUGGGCAGUCGAGAUGCUAGCCAGCCUCAGAGCCGGUAUAGCAGCGGUAGCGACGAUUUCCUCCGUGACAGCACUCACGCAGACGGUAGUAUCUCGGUACCACGCCCAAUGAAUGUCACAAGUCAGGCCGCCAUGAACGCUGCUGCGGGCCAUGAUGAUAGUGGCAUUGGGAUUCGAACACCCGACGAUGAGUUCUCAAUGGGCAAGUAUGAAUUUGGCCGUGACGAUUCCCACGCCCAAACGGGAUCCGGUCACAUGGACCAUCAUAUCAUGUCUCAACCCUCGGCGGUUUAG